AAUUGGGUGGCCCAAUGAUUUAAGGGAAGCCCAAGUUGAAUUCAGAGUUACAACCCUAAGAUCGGUUACACUUGCCUUUGCAUCUAUCUUUGCUUCUCCAUCCUUGUGCAUCCGUUUCUCUCAUCAAGUCUUCAGUGAUCCCUACAUCUCGAAAGGCGCAAUGGCUGUUGCAUUCAGCAACCUCAACUCUGAUUCUGGCCUCAAGAAGCUUGAUGAGUACCUGCUCACCCGCAGUUACAUCACCGGGUACCAAGCCUCCAAGGAUGACAUCACUGUGUAUUCAUUUCUAGCAAAACUCCCAUCACCUGCAUAUGUUAAUGCAUCUAGGUGGUAUAAGCACAUUGAUGCACUUUUGAGAAUCCCUGGUGUAUCUGGCGAAGGCGCUGGUGUUACCGUAGAGGGGUCUGCUUCCAUCACUGAGGCUGUGGCAACUCCUCCUGCUGCUGACAAUAAAGCCCCAGCUGCUGAAGAAGAAGAUGACGAUGACGUUGACCUAUUUGGUGAGGAAACUGAAGAGGAAAAGAAGGCUGCUGAAGAACGUGCUGCGGCCCUGAAGGCUUCAGGGAAGAAGAAAGAAUCUGGAAAGUCCUCAGUUCUCAUGGAUGUCAAGCCAUGGGAUGAUGAGACCGAUAUGAAAAAGCUUGAAGAAGCUGUUCGAGGUGUUCAGAUGGAAGGAUUGACUUGGGGAGCAGCUAAACUUGUUCCUGUUGGAUAUGGUAUAAAGAAGCUGCAAAUUAUGCUUACCAUUGUGGAUGACUUGGUCUCUGUGGAUGAUCUCAUUGAGAAUUAUCUGACUGUUGAGCCUAUCAAUGAGUAUGUUCAGAGCUGUGACAUCGUUGCUUUCAACAAGAUAUGAAUUAUGUUGCUCCGAAGUUUUGAUGGAAAUGGGUGGCUAUUGGUAGUUCUUUGUUAGCUUCUCUUCGUGCAUCUUUUUUCCCCUUGUCAAAAGGGUGUUACUUGAUAAUGCAUCUGUUUCGCUCCUUGUUUGGAAGAAAAUUUACUUGUAUGAGUAUCGGUUUUGAAAAACCUUCACAUUGCUGUCGCUGGUUCUCUUCAUUCACAACAGUUUUAUAUAUACUAUUGUUGAAUGCACCA